AUGUCGCUCCUCAAGUUCGCCACAUGGAACGUCCGCGGCUUUCGAGACAGAGCCAAACAGCGAGACAUCCUCGCCUUUGCCCAGGUGCAGGGUAUCGAUGUCUUGUUUAUUCAGGAAACCAACUUUCGGACCCCGCUAGACGUCUCAAGGUUCCGCCGCGAGUUCCAAGUGGACGCUUUCUUUUCUUUCAGAACUGCGAGGGCCUGCGGCGUGGGGGUCAUCUUCGUAACGGGCCGCUUCCGACAGAAGGCAUUCUGCACCUUCAGCGCAAAUGGCAGAAUGCUAAUGCUCGACAUCUACGUUAACGGGAAACGGUUCCGCUUCGUCAACGUUUACGCCCCGGUAACGAGGACGAACACCAACAACGUCUUCCAGGAUUUACAUCAGACCCUCUCAGAGCCCAUCCCGCACGUGCUACUGGGAGAUUUCAAUUGCGUGAUCGACUCGCAGCGGGACGUGAGGGGCCCAGGCCGAGGCAGGUCAACGUACCAGGCCAAAGAACUCGUAAAGAUAUUGCGCCACCUUUGCCUGACUGACGUCUUGCUUCACGUCCACGGCGAUCUCUUUGUCCCGACACGCUCCUCUCAGAUUUCAGCGAGUAGAAUAGAUCGGGCAAAUCUGCCCGACUUUCUCCUCCCCUCGGUAGCAGCGUGCGAGGUCCUUUCCCCCUCGGCCGACCUUGCAGGUAGAUCAGACCACCUACCACUCGCUACUACGCUGAGCGGUUUCCCCGGACACUGCAGUGACGGCCAAGGCUGGCGUCUUGACUCGGCGCCGCUGCAAGACGACGACAGCAUCAAGCGUAUCAGAGAGCGGCUACAGGAGUCUGUGGCGAACGCCCCGGACAUGUCCCCGCUUUCCUGGGAGACACUGAAAGAGGAGUGGAGAAGGAUCCUCCAAGAAGAAGGCAGGGCCAGAAAGCGCCGCAUAACCGCCACGAUGAACGAGAUCUUACGCAGAAUCCGCAUCGUUAAGGGGGCGGAGUCGCUCACGGCUUGCACACGAAGCUAUGUCACUCCCUGGAGGUCGAAUACGCCCGCUUACUACAACGGCGCGCGCUUAGACCACCUAAGGCCAGCCAAUCCCAUUGUCGCGGACCCCAACGAGGCGAACGGGAACGGCAGCGUACGUAUCACUCGGGUGAAGCGCCCGGACCGCUCAUCUGCAACCGAUCCGGACGGAAUCAGCUCGGUUUAUCGCGACUACUUCGCUGCCCUAUUUCGUGACACUGACCACGGCCGCGGUACAGACGAAAAACAGCUGAUAGAAGAGGUCUGCCGGAACCUCGUACAACUGGAGGGGGAGGAGACAGCUUUACUUGGUGGCGAGGCGACAGCCGAGGAAGUGUCAGUUGCUAUCACGAGCAUGCCUCCAAAUUCCGCCCCUGGCACAGACGGCCUCACCGCCAACUUUCACGCAACGUUUCUCGACGUUCUAGAGGGCACGUUGCUGGCAAUGGCGAAUGCCUUUGAUCGCGUCAGACACAGGUAUAUGUUCGACGUGCUACGCCAAUUCGGCCUUCCGGAGAGCUUCGUCGACCUCGUCUCUGAGCUCUACAGCGAUUUAACAUGCCACGUCGUCGUAAACGGUGCCCCAACACAUAACUUCGACUAUGAGCGAGGAAUUCGUCAAGGAUGCCCACUAGGACCCACCCUCUUCAUCCUCUCACUCGAGCCGUUGCUGGCUAACAUCGAGAGAAACGAGAACAUUAGAGGCUUUCCACUGACGGGGGAGGCCGUGGUCAAAGUCCUCGCCUACACGGACGAUGUUUCGUUGUUUGUCAGAGACCCGGCAAGCCUACAGGCAUUUUGGACAACGUUUGCAUCUUAUGCUGAGGUUUCGGGUGCCGAAUUGAACAUGACAAAGAGCAAGGCCCUGCCGUUCGGCGCAUUCCCCCGAGGGGCCUUAGGCAACCUCGAGGUCGUCGACGCCGUCAAGGUUCUUGGCAUUUACUUUUGCUGCGACGGAGUGGCGGAGACAACUUGGCAGCGGGCGCUGGAGCGGGCACAUCGGCAAUUACACGACUAA